GUCAUAAAAACAACAUUUAUACACUUUUGUAUCUUCUGUUUUGUCAAUUAUUUAGUUAUUAUGCUAACUAUGUUCCCAUGCACCACCCAUGGAUUAUAUUCUACUCGGAAGCCUGCUAGUGUAGGAAUUUCCGGCUACGUCAGGGCGUCAGGACUCCAUUAGAGUUGCAGCUGUUUUGAGAGAAACAUCAACAAAAACGAGCUGACAUUAGGCUCUGAGUCUGGCAACAAGGCCUUCAAUCUGGAAGCGUAACCUACAUUUCCCACCCGGAGCUUCGCCGGUUUCUAACCACGGCCGCUCUCGGUGAGGAAACUCUGGCCUCCGCUUCCUCCUCCUCCGACUCGGACACCGGCGGAGCGUCGCCGCCCCCGCGGAAGAAACACCGAGCCUCGGCGGCGGAGGGAGCAGGAGAGCCCGGGGCUUCAGCCGUUGUAACAGGCCUCUCUGGAGUUGUCCUAGGACUUGCCGCACACUCUCAAACCACCUCUACCAUCCACUUUAAUCGAAGUGUUGUUAACAACUUUAGCAACAGCAUGCAGUCAAACGGGGCAGGACAGGGACAAGAAUCCUCUGAGCUUCCCUGCCUGAACAGCGCACAAAACGGGGAGUCAUCAUCCUCGGCCGGUGGAACCCACUCAAACGGGCUUCUGUCCAACGCGGACAACGGUAACGGUGUCGGUACCAGUAACGGGUCUUCUGUUGGACCUUGUUCGGGGACUUCGGCUACCUCCACGGCCUCAGGUUCGGAGGUGGGCUCGUUGAAAAAGAAGAAACGGCUGUCGCAGACGGAGGAAGAUGUCAUACGAUUAAUAGGACAACAUCUCCACGGACUAGGGCUGAAUCAGACGGUGGACCUGCUGAUGCAGGAAUCAGGCUGCAGACUGGAGCACCCUUCAGCGUCCAAAUUCCGCAACCACGUCAUGGAGGGGGAGUGGGACAAGGCUGAGAAUGAUCUCAACGAACUGAGAGCACUGAUGCAUUCUCCCAACGCCAUUGUGCGCAUGAAGUUCCUGCUGCUGCAACAGAAGUACCUAGAGUAUCUGGAGGACGGCAAGGUCCUGGAGGCUCUGCAGGUCCUCCGGGGAGAACUGACGCCGCUCAAAUACAACACGGAUCGGAUCCACGUCCUCAGCGGGUACCUAAUGUGUAGCCACGCCGACGACCUCCGAGCCAAGGCAGAGUGGGAGGGCAAGGGCACAGCCUCUCGCUCCAGGCUCCUGGAUAAAUUACAGACGUACCUGCCCCCAUCGGUGAUGCUGCCUCCUCGGCGACUACACACUUUGCUGCGGCAAGCGGUGGAACUACAGAGGGAUCGCUGUCUUUAUCACAACACCAAGCUGGACAACAACCUGGAUUCAGUCUCUCUUCUCCUCGAUCAUGUCUGCAGCAGGAAACAGUUUCCCUGUUACACCCAGCAGAUUCUGACAGAGCAUUGUAAUGAAGUGUGGUUCUGCAAAUUCUCAAAUGAUGGCACCAAACUAGCAACUGGCUCCAAAGACACGACUGUCAUAAUCUGGCAAGUGGACCCGGAGAGCCACCAACUGAAGCUGCUGCGAACCCUGGAGGGGCACGCAUACGGCGUCUCCUACUUAGCCUGGAGUCCUGACGACACCUACCUGAUCGCCUGUGGACCUGACGAUUGCUCUGAGCUCUGGCUCUGGAAUGUUCAGACGGGGGAACUGCGGACCAAGAUGUCCCAGUCCCACGAAGACAGUCUUACCAGUGUGGCCUGGAAUCCUGACGGCAAACGCUUUGUCACCGGUGGACAAAGGGGGCAGUUUUAUCAGUGUGACCUGGAUGGGAAUUUGUUGGACUCGUGGGAGGGGGUGAGAGUUCAGUGCCUGUGGUGCCUGAGUGAUGGGAAGACUGUGCUGGCCUCGGACACCCAUCAGCGUAUCAGAGGGUACAACUUUGAGGACCUCACAGACAGAAACAUAGUUCAAGAGGACCACCCUAUCAUGUCUUUUACCGUUUCAAAGAACGGUAGAUUAGCUUUGUUAAAUGUAGCAACUCAGGGAGUGCACCUGUGGGAUCUUCAAGAUCGGGUGCUUGUGAGGAAGUACCAAGGUGUGACCCAGGGCUUCUACACCAUCCACUCCUGCUUUGGAGGACACAAUGAAGACUUCAUCGCCAGUGGCAGCGAAGACCAUAAAGUGUACAUCUGGCAUAGGCGUGGCGAACUUCCUAUUGCCGAGCUCACAGGCCAUACACGCACCGUUAACUGUGUGAGCUGGAACCCAGCCAUCCCGGGUCUCAUGGCGUCCGCCUCGGAUGACGGCACAGUGCGCAUCUGGGGUCCCGCACCAUUUCUCGAUACGCAAGAGGCAGACGGACUCAACGAAAACAGCAGUAAUAUGGACAGUUGAUGGUGACCUACAGAGCAGAUGACGUCUCAAUUUGACAACAACCCAAGAAUCCUACAAUAUAACAAAACGUAAAUGGGCAAAUACAAUUUGAUAUCACCAGAGAGAAAGCGAAGAAAAACCCAGCAAAUGUCACCGACCCAUCUGAGAAAACAAAAGUGAGAAAAAUAUGGCUCCAGACCGGCCUAGACAAAUGGUGGACAUGAUGACGGACUCCCUGGAAUUUUGGGUCCGCAUCCAAAAAAAAAUUUGGAUCCCUUUCUAAAGGCCUGGAAAGUCAGUCAGAACUCAGCGGGAUCUUCCUCUGAUGAACUGUAACAGCUGUUCUCCUCACUUCUAACUGACCCCCCUCGUCCUCCAUUUUGCUCCAGUGUCAGUAGACAUGCCAGCUCUUUGCAAGUAUCUGAGGAAAUCCACGUCCACCCUGAGCCUGGGGCCCGCUGCAUCCUCGCGAUGCCUCCAGACGGACGGGGCGGACUAGCCCUCUCCUUGCCGGACUACAUCCGUCUGCCCUUUUGUCUCAGACUCUCUAAUGUCUCUAUGGACAUGGGUGGGAACUUGUUGUUGAGAGAGGAGGAUGGUGCGUGUGGGGUGGGCGAGGGCUAUAGUAGGUCAUCUGUGUGUUUUUCCUUUUCCCCUUUUUAUUUGCUAAAUUCUUCAGUCAUUUGGACAAAAGCUGAAAAUUCACGGUGAAACCAUCAACAGACCAGCUGAUAAGGAACACCGAUAGGCUAUGCUAACUGUUUGAAGUUUUUUUUUUUUUAAAUGAUAGUCAUAGCGUUCAUUCUUGUUUAAGAGGCGAACCCUAGCUCAUGUAGUGCCCAAGGAAAACUUCAGCGUGAAGAUUCCAUGUUUUGUUUCUCAGCAUUAGGAGGGGAAAAAAAAACUUUUUAUCCCCUUAUUUAACAUCCAUCACGGACAGCUCCCCCAUUCCCACCCUCCUGUCGAGCUAGCCUGUGCACAACUCCGUUAAAUCUACCUAUGAGGAGGACAGAGUGUUCCACAGGUUACAUAUCCACUGUGAGGGGGUCACACACUAGUGGCGAGGUGUGCUUUCCACCAUCAAGACACGCAUAUAUAUAUAUGUAUAAACACACACAUAUAUAUAUAAACCGAGACCUUUCUCAGAAAGAGACGCUUUCAGACGUGGAGUGCAACUUCAUUUGCACGCUUAGUGACUGCUGUCCCUCCUGUGUGAGAGUGGAUGAGUGUGAGUGUGAGUAAUAGUGACAAGAGUGUUUUUUUGCAUGCACACAGUAGAGCGAGAGUGGACAUUAUUGGGUGCAGAUUUAAUUGGCGCGUGUUCUCUUUUGUUGUUUUUUUUUUGUAUGUGUGCAACUCACACCAGCAGAAGAUUCUCUCCCCUCAUCCCCUUGUUUUCAUAGUAAAAUUGUUCAAGAUUUUAAACCAAUUCUGAGUUAUCCAAAGCCCCAUAGGGACCUCUCUAGCUGUGGAACAAAAAAAAUGAGAGCCAUUUUGUAAAAACAGAAAAUCUUUUUUUUUUUUAAUGUGGGGCUUUCAUUUUUACAUUAGAAUGUGUUUUGUCCUCAACGAUGCAGCAUUCAAAUGGCACUGAUAUGUUGACAUAAGAUUCGUUGGGUGAAGCAAAGUAAAAUACAAAAAAAAAAAGAAAUUUAAGUGAGACACCAGAAAGGGGCUGAAAGUUGUAAAGGCAUGGGCCGGUACGAGAUUCUGUGAAAAAUAUAUCACAACUUCAGGGUAUCAAAAUAUUUCCAGAAAACUUCCAAACAAAAAUGUAGAAACAUGCUCAAGGUCCCCCCCCCAAUUUUUAAACAAAAUACCAACAAUUAUUACUGCCAUAAAAAUAUGAUCGAAUUGAUUAUUGCAGUUAUAAUAGUGUAUUUAAUAUUUAUUUAUUAUUCCGAUAUUGAUCAAUAGACUUGGAAUAUAAAUAGAAACACCCACCAAGUUUUAUUAUUGCACAGUAUCUGACACCUUUCUACUUGGACUAUCCGUGCUGGUACCUAGCCUGCAGUCGUCUGCUUGACGGCAUUCCAGCUGUAGUUUUAAAACAGCAUUACUUUUGAAGAGUGAUUGCUGGAGCUACUUCAGUUCCCAAAGUAAGCCGCUGGUAAACUUUUUACCAUGAAACCGGCCCAUGACCAGUUAUCAGCGAAGGGUUAUUUCAUUAGAGAAGUCGAUGAUUGGAAUUAUUCGACAAGUUUAUAAAAAGAAGAGGCAUCAAUAGCUAAAACCACGCUCCAAGCGCAUUAGUUUGGGACUUUUGCAAUCCUGAAUCAAAGCAACACAAACUGCCUUCCUGUUCCCACAGUUGCACAGAUCCCCCGCCCCCUCGGUAUGUAUGACUCCCUCACGGCACUUUGAGUGGUCUUUCUGCUCUCCUGCACAUGAAGCGGUGGCAUUAAUCUUUAGUCUGUUGCCACCCAAAAUGUUACAUUGGUAAAGAUUUAAAAACCUAAUAGGAGAUUUCAAGAGGAUCUGAGUCCUCGCCAUGCCUCUAUGCACCCGAUGUGAGUGAUUGGCCCAAAUGUGAUGGAACUCAGCAUUAUAAGACAAAGCAAUCUCAUCUUGAAGGUACCCCUCUGGGAGUUUAGAGAGAGUUAGGCAUCAACCUCCCCUUUGCUCUCCAGCCAAGUUAUUCAGUGGUCUUUGCACCAUUUAAAGCUUUCUUCCUCCCUUAUUUCAGGGUAUGUAAUGACAAUUCGCUACAGACUGAUAUAGUAAAAUGUUUAAACCAGUGCUUUUGUCUGUUUUUAUUGAACUUUUUUUGUUACUUAAUUUUUUUUUUUUUUUUUUUUUUUUUUUUUUGUUCACGUAUAUCAUUUUUGGUUGAUCUCUAUCCCUGUAUGAUCAUAUUAAAAUAUAACCAGACAUUUGGAGUCCUUCUUUUUUUUGUAACAUAACUUCUCUUUCUUUUACGUGUAUUUUUGUUUGUAUUCAGUUGCAUUUUUAUCUACCACCACAAUUACAAAACAAUAUGCACACCAACGCUCUUUGCCAGUAGAAGCAGGGGAGGAGUCAUGGUGUGUUUAAAUGUUAUCGAAUCAGGUUCUAACUGUCCACCCAUCGCCUUUAAAGAAAUUCCUCCCUGUGAAGAUUCUGCUUACUCGCAUCUCUCUGUGUUUUAAUAUCUUCUGCUCGGUGUGCCAUUGUAGAUAGUCAGUUGCUACUUUUCCGACCUGUAUUGAAGCCAAAUCCCAGGCACACAGUUGUUUUCUUGUAGGUUAUGUACGUCACGGACUGAUAUGCACACUCUAGAAACCUCUUCUCUCCCAAAACCACAGAAUGGACUCCUCUUUCCAUGCCAUGAAUCCAUUUCAGAAGACUUGAUGGAAAUCAAUGCACAUUUUUAAAACCUCCAAAAAAGUAAUUCAGUAAAGAAAAAAAGUAAAAAAAAAAAACAAACAUCCUUCACCUGCUGGUGGCAAAAUGCUAUGUCUGUAUGCAACCCGGUGUCUCCUCUGUUCUUCUGUCGGAGUUUGCCGAGGGAGUUGUUUCUGAUUUAACUAUGUCUUAUUUCUCUGAGGUGAUGGUGGUGGCGGGAUGGGACCGGGGCGGGGAAUAAGGGCUUACUGUAGCAUCUCUAAGUUCCUUGGGCUCUAGGGUGGGAAGGGGGUGAUGUGUUGGUUUGCGUUCAAUGUCUUAUUUACAACAGUGAUUGUAAUGUUUUGUAUUGUUGUGUAGGAAAAGUGUUAUGUAUGCAUAUUUUCAAUAAAGAAUUCAGGGUUUUGAAAAAACAGA